AUGGCCCCGAUCACAAUCAUCACCAUUAUCAACGUGGCGGAAUUUUAUAUUGUAUUUGGGACUAAAUUUAACCUAAAAACGGAAACUGGAGACUUUACAGUGUUCCAUGCACCAGUCGCUCACAGUCCUUGUUCCACGCACCAGUCGCUCACAGUCCUUGUUCCACGCACCAGUCGCUCACAGUCAGUGUUCCACGCACCAGACGCUGACAGUCAGUGUUCCACGCACCAGACGCUCAUUGUUCCACGCACCAGUCGCUCACAGUCAGUGUUCCACGCACCAGACGCUCACAGUCAGUGUUCCACGCACCAGACGCUCAUUGUUCCACGCACCAGUCGCUCACAGUCAGUGUUCCACGCACCAGACGCUCACAGUCAGUGUUCCACGCACCAGUCGCUCACAGUCAGUGUUCCACGCACCAGACGCUCACAGUCAGUGUUCCACGCACCAGACGCUCACAGUCAGUGUUCCACGCACCAGUCGCUCACAGUCAGUGUUCCACGCACCAGACGCUCACAGUCAGUGUUCCACGCACCAGACGCUCAUUGUUCCACGCACCAGUCGCUCACAGUCAGUGUUCCACGCACCAGACGCUCACAGUCAGUGUUCCACGCACCAGACGCUCACAGUCAGUGUUCCACGCACCAGACGCUCAUUGUUCCACGCACCAGUCGCUCACAGUCAGUGUUCCACGCACCAGACGCUCACAGUCAGUGUUCCACGCACCAGACGCUCAUUGUUCCACGCACCAGUCGCUCACAGUCAGUGUUCCACGCACCAGACGCUCAUUGUUCCACGCACCAGACGCUCACAGUCAGUGUUCCACGCACCAGACGCUCAUUGUUCCACGCACCAGUCGCUCACAGUCAGUGUUCCACGCACCAGACGCUCACAGUCAGUGUUCCACGCACCAGACGCUCACAGUCAGUGUUCCACGCACCAGACGCUCACAGUCAGUGUUCCACGCACCAGUCGCUCACAGUCAGUAUUCCACGCACCAGACGCUCACAGUCAGUGUUCCACGCACCAGACGCUCACAAGAACCACUACUGUGAGCCACACCAUCCACCCACCACGCUAGAGAACCACUACUGUGAGCCACACCAUCCACCCACCACGCUAGAGAACCACUACUGUGAGCCACACCAUCCACCCACCACGCUAGAGAACCACUACUGUGAACCACACCAUCCACCCACCACGCUAGAGAACCACUACUGUGAGCCACACCAUCCACCCACCACGCUAGAGAACCACUACUGUGAACCACACCAUCCACCCACCACGCUAGAGAACCACUACUGUGAGCCACACCAGCCACCCACCACGCUAGAGAACCACUACUGUGAGCCACACCAGCCACCCACCACGCUAGAGAACCACUACUGUGAGCCACACCAUCCACCCACCACGCUAGAAGACCACGUCGCUCACUAG